CCCAGUAGCUAUGGUAAUUGUUUUUGUUGCUCCAAAACGGGAGAUUUCUGGGAUGGCUCUCUGAAUAAGGACGCCAAAAGUGCGAAGUGACUAGAUAAAAAUAUUUCAUGGUGAAAACACAAAGGUAUGUGAAUGGUAACUGAAAAAGCAUUACUUCCUUCUAGAAAACCACCAGGAUUUACAUAAACCACUUGAAUGACUCAUAAAGUGGCUUCAUGAAUAAGAAUGCCUGCCCAGAUAUUGAGAUUGGAGAUAAUGGAUGAAGAUCAAUUAAUGGAAGAAGUCUUGGAUAAGUUUGUUAAUUCUCAUGAGCAGACAUACGAAGAAUUUCUGAGCACUUUCACUCAUCUUUCAAAAGAGAAUAAUGUGACUGAAAAGGGAGCAUUUGGGCCGGUUGCUUCAGGAAACACAUUUACCUCACUAGAAUUUACUCACAAAAAUGAACUGCAUGACCACCAUCUUAGAAAUACAUCUACUUUUCUUUGUACCUCAUCAGAGUGUUUAGAAGAAGAACAGAUAGUGUUGGAUGAAGGCCAGAAGGUUGGCAGUUUCUUUCAAGGUGAUCUGAACCGGGCAGGAAAGGUGAAGGUGAACAAUUUCUUAGAUUUAGAAGAUUUGGAUGUAGAUGAAAUGAAGCCCCAAACGAGCAAAGAUUUGGUGCUGCUUCCAGGAGAAGUGGAAGAGGACAUAAGCAGCCGUGUUCCUUCUUACAUUCCUUCUGUGCGCCAGCCUUGUGCUGCUGAAAUGAAGCUGAAGCCCGCUAUAAAAGGAAGAGAACAAAAGGAAGAGAUACUCGGAGAUGAAGUUCAGCCCUUUUCACUUGAUGAAGACUUUGAUUAUGACAGUGUGACUCUCACUCCCAAGUUCACGUCUGCAGAGAUAGAGACCAUCAAGGAGCUAUUGAAGCAAGAGAGAAACAACACCAAUGCUGACAUGUGGGGACCCCACAACUGAUUCACUAAGGCAUCUGUGUGUUUAUUUUUAUUUUGUUCCUAUUCAAACAACAUUUAGAAUAAAAGAUAAACCAACUGUA